AUGUCUCUCCCAGACCGACAUACAUUUUACAAUGGAAAACCCAGAUCCAACGGCUCAUCCGGCCCAACAUUCCAAUCCAUCGACCCGUCGACCAACAAACCAAUCUGCACCAUCCACACCUCAUCCGCCUCCGAAGUAGAACAAGCCAUCAGAUCAGCCAACCUGGCGUUCCCAUCAUGGGCCAGCACACCCCCCGUCGAACGAUCACGGAUCCUGCUAAAAGCGGCAUCACUCCUCCGGGCGCGUAACGAUGAGCUGGCCAAGAUCGAAACGCUGGACACGGGCAAACCCUUUUCCGAGACGUCGACGGUCGACAUCGUCACGGGCGCCGACGUGCUCGAGUACUUCGCGCACCUGAUCGCGUCGGGCGGGCUGAACGGCGAGGCGUUCCACCUCCGCGACUCGGCGUGGGUGUACACGGCCAAAGAGCCGCUGGGGACGUGCGCGGGCAUCGGCGCCUGGAACUAUCCCAUCCAGAUCGCGCUGUGGAAGUCGGCGCCGUGCCUGGCGGCGGGAAACACGAUGGUCUACAAACCGUCCGAGGUCACGCCGCUGCACGCCCAGUUCCUGGCCGAGAUCUACACGGAAGCCGGGCUGCCGGAUGGCGCGUUCAACGUCGUCUACGGCGACGGCCAGGUCGGGUCGCUGCUCACGAAACACCCCGGCGUCGCCAAGGUCAGCUUCACCGGCCAGGUGGCGACGGGCCGCAAAGUGGCGGGCGCCGCCGCCGGAGAGAUGAAAUACGUCACCAUGGAACUCGGCGGCAAGAGUCCCGUCAUCGUCCUGCCGGACGUCGACGUCGACCAGGCCGUCGAUGGCGCCAUGAUGGCCAAUUUCUUCAGUACCGGCCAGGUCUGCACCAACGGCACCAGAGUCUUUGUGCCGGAACAGCUGAAGACAAAGUUCGAAGAGGUGCUCGUGCGCAAGAUGCAGUAUAUCAGGCCCGGCGACCUGAUGGACCCAAACACAAAUUUCGGCCCUUUGGUCAGUAAGAUCCACUACGAGAAGGUGCUGGGCUAUAUCAAGCAUGGCAUCGACGUCGACAGGGCCAGAUUGCUGUGUGGAGGUCCUGGACGGCCCGAGUCCAUCCCGCUUGGCUUGAAGGAUGGAUAUUGGGUGCGUCCGACCGUCUUUGCCGAUUGUACCGAUGAUAUGAAGAUCGUCAGGGAGGAGAUCUUUGGGCCCGUCAUGUCCAUCCUCACGUAUUCCUCUCUCGACGAGGCUGUGCAGCGUGCCAACAAUACCGAGUUGGGCCUCGCCGCCGGCGUCUUUGGUAGGGAUAUCAACCAGUGUCACCGUGUCGUCAAGCAGUUGCAGGCCGGUAUCACCUGGGUCAACACCUGGGGAGAGUCUCCUGCAGAAAUGGCUGUCGGGGGGUGGAAGCAGAGCGGUGUCGGGGUCGAGAAUGGACGAAAAGGUCUCGAGGCCUGGGUGAGGAAUAAAAGCACUCUGGUGGAGAUGGGCGGCAGUGUCCCAACUGUUUUCGCGAAGCUAUGA